AUGCUUCGCUCAGAGGAUGCAGCGUGUUCUUCAAACCCGAAAUACGGUGGCAAAGACCCUUAUUACCUUACCUUGAAAAUACACCAUGGGGUUAUAAUGGAUGAUAUAACUCCAGGACAUCAGAGGUAUGUGGGAGGAGAGAUUAGUGCAUUUGAUUAUGUGGACAAAAGUAAGGUUAACAUAGGUGACUUGGGUAGAUUCUGUGAGGAGAUGGGUUAUGGUGGAGUCAAAAGGUUUUACAGGUUUGACUCCUUCAAAAAGUUUAGGGAGAUAACCAUGGAAACAGAUUUGUUAUUGGCUAUUGAUAGGCAUAAGAAGAGAGAAGUCCAUAUAUGGUUAGUUGCUGAGAAAACAGCAAAUAGAAGUGUAGGUGAUGGGGGUGUUUCUGUAGGUGAUGGAGGUGUUGUUGUAGGUGAUGGGGGUGUUCCUGUAGGUGAUGGUGAUAGGAGUGUGCCUGUAGGUGAUGGAGAUAGGAGUGUGCUUGAGGAUGAGGGUGACCAAUCUGUGGAUGAGGACUUUUGUGCAAGUAGGGACACUGACAGUGGUUUUGAUGAUAUCCUUUUUGAAGAAUAUGUUGAGGCAGAGGAGUGUGUGGAGGGGCCUAAACAGAAAGAGAACCAACAUGAGGUUGAUGAUGAAAUGUCCACCGACAGUUCCAGUUCCAAUGACUCAGAUGAACAAACUGGGAAAAAUGAGGAAACCGAGAGCAAUGUCUUCAAUAAGAGGCAUAUUAACAAUCCAAAAACCUGUGAGUGGAAGAAGCUGGCUGAAAGUGGACUUCAAGAUGGUGCCUUUGACAUGGAAGCUGAAGCUGAAGCUGAGGAGUUGACUCAAGGAGAUGAGUUCCCACCUGCAUCCCUCUUUUCUGCAAGUCAGCCUCAAUCCCAGCCUCAAUCCCAAAUGAGUGCAACAACAUCAAGGGGAGCAAGAAAAGGCACUAAAGAGGCUGCUUCUUCAAUGGUGCUGCUUUAUUUGUUUUAUUUAUCUUCAUUUGUGUACAAUGUCGCGACGGAGACCAAAGUCCCGGCCAGAGGCAAAGCCCUAAUUCCGACUGAUCUGAGCAUCGCCAUUCCUCCUGGAACUUACGCUCGCGUUGGUAAAGUUACUCAACCCCUCUACCUACCCAUCCUUUAUGAUCAUUUAUACAAUCUCGUAAUUCCAAAAGACAAGACUUUUAAUGGGAAAGAAAUUAAAAAAAAAAAUGCCACCUUUGGUCGUGUGAAUUUCACACUGCUUUUGUGGGAAAGGCAUGAAAAGACAAAUGCUGUGAAUCCUGAGAAUGGAGUUAUCCUUGUGUUGUCUUCUGUGGUGGAAAUGGUAGAGAAAGGUUUUAUUGAUGUGUGA